CUAAAUUUAUAUCUUGUUACGUCACGAAAGUUUAUUUUCUUUACAUAUUAACGGAUUUCUAUCAUAAAACAGACAACAAUGACACAAGUAAGUAGUGAUCACUAUUUAGCGACCAGUUCCGUUUGGUAUUAUUGAUAACAGGAAACAGGAUAUGUUGCCAUCUAUGUUUAAGGUAUAUUUUCAUAAUCCUGAACAUGUAAAUCUAUCCACGUAGUACUAUUCAAAAGACCUUUGCACCUAUUGCGAGCAAGGACACUUAUUAUCAGACUUGUGUUGUAAUCGUUGGAUAGAGUUUGGAUUAUAGCAGAGCAGUUGACAGUCUUGUGAAAUCGGGAAUUGAUCGUAUCGUCUGCACUUUCAAAAUCAGGAAAAUCUUUUGCUUCAGCCAGAAUUAAUGAUAAUAUCCGUUAAACGCUUAUUGGAGUCGGUGAAUGAAACAAGAUUGGAAUAACUUAAAUGCAAGGCGUAUAAUGUCAUAGUGAUUAGAGAGUUUCAAAUAGAAAUAUGACGUCCAAUAAAGCAUCGGAAGACUCUUAUAUUCUCGGUAGAAGCCAGGCACGCUGAACAAUUAUGGAGGAAAUUCAACUUACUACACAGUCCACGUUCUCGGAAACCAGUAGUAUUGGAGAUACAAAGCAAUUAGUUACAGAUGAAAAACAGGACCAAGAACAAAGUAGUAUUCCUAUGACAAGCAUCAACAUGAUCAAUUCCAUUGUUGGAUCAGGUGUCAUAGGAAUACCAUAUGCACUGAAGCAGUCCGGUUUUUUGUUUGGAACAUUUUUGCUGAUUUUAGUUGCUGUUAUCACAGAUUACUCUAUUCUAUUGUUAGUGCAAGGUGGAAAAUUGUCUAACACAGAUACCUACCAAGAUGUUGUUCUGGUGGCUUUUGGUAGACCUGGAUUUUAUUUGUUAACUGUCUUACAAUUCCUUUAUCCUUUUAUAGCUAUGAUAAGUUACCAGGUUAUAAUAGGAGAUACAAUUACUAAAUGUUUUUUACGAGUAGGAGGAGAUUAUCUUGAAGGCACAGUUCUAGUCAAUAGGCAUUUUUGUAUUUUUCUGACUACUUUAGUUGUUACGUUACCAUUAUCCCUUUAUAGAGAUGUAGCCAAGCUCAGUAAGUGGGCGUUUCUAGCAAUGGUUUUAAUUGUGUUCAUAAUUGUGUGUAUUUGUAUAAGGAUUCCAGAUUUUAGUGAUGUACGAGCUACUGCAGAUGCCUGGUCUCUUUUUGAUUAUAACUUUGCACAGUCGAUAGGAAUAAUGACAUUUGCAUAUAUGUGUCACCAUAACACAUUUCUGAUACACCAGUCACUAGAGAAUCCAACAGAAAAGAGAUUUCAAAUUGUGACGCAUUUCAGUUUUUUAUUUUCAUUGUUAAUUAUGCUGCUGAUUGGCGUUCUCGGCUAUGUUACAUUCACAGGAUAUACCCAAGGUGAUCUCUUGGAAAACUACUGCCGUACAGAUGAUUUGAUGAAUGUGGCUCGACUCUGUUUUGCUAUAACUAUUAUGUUGACAUAUCCUCUAGAAUGUUUUGUUGUUCGACAUGUAUUUGAGAAUGCCUUCUUUGCAGUAACUGAAAAGGCUCCCAUGUGGCGUCAUCUAACAGUUACAAUUUCUGUAGCAGCAGCAACAGUUCUUAUUUCAAUGACUACAGACUGUCUAGGCAUUGUUUUGACGUUUAACGGAGUAGUUGUGGCGUGUCCAUUAGCAUUCAUUAUACCACCGUUAUGUGUUAUGAAAUUAAGACAAGAGCCAGUUUUAUCAAAAGAGAAUAUUUUCCCAAUAUUAGUGGCUACUUUUGGAAUUUUGGCUUCCGUAAUCGGAGUGAUAGUAGCAGUAUAUAAUUUGACAAAGGGUAUUGAAUGUAGUCAUGGUAACGAAAUGUUUUAUUGUCUAACGGCUUCUCGUAUAAAUGGAAGCAUGCUAGCAUCAAAUACGACAUUAUAAAACUACUAUCAUUAAACUGUGCCACUUUAACUAAUGUACAUGACUGUAUUGUCCACAAGGCAAGUCCUCCUACAAAGGUUUUAAGGUAUAAGAUAUGUAUGUAAAAUAUUUACUACUAGAAAAAUUGAAACCAUAUGGAUGAAAUCUAUUAUUCGAAACAAGAACAGAAAACAGAAGACAUCUUUAUGUUUUAUUGUGAUCUGUUUAAUGUUAAUUCGGUUUUUAUAAUGGCAUUAGAUUGGAUUGGUUAUUAAAUAAUGUAUUUAAUUUGAGAAAUGUUCGAUAUUUUCUGUCAUCAUGUUUUUAUCUUAUACAUAAUAUGAUGUUCAUAAUGUACUUCAACUUAUUCUGUAACACUAUACAAAAUCUGGUGCAACAUAAUAAAUAAUCAUUUGUUUCUCUUACAUUAAUAGUGGUUUGCUGCAAUACAUUUUAAAAAUAUCACUAGUGACUAAUAGGGUUUUUAUAUUAUUUGUAUCACAAUGUGUUUUAAUUGUGGGGGAUUAUGAAAAUUAUUAGAUGUUAUUUAGGUUUAUAAUAUAAAUAUAUUCAAUAAAAUAAAUCAAAGAAACAUUUCAUACCUCGGAACAUCUGCAAUUAAGAAAUAGAAAGACAUCUGCAAGUGAAAAAUAGGAAGACAUUUGCAAGUGAAAUAUAAAAAGACAUCUGCUAUUGAAAAAUAAGAAGACAUUAACAAUUGAAAAAUAGGAAUACAUCUAGAGGUUUAUAAAACAUUAUAAAUAGAAAGAUGAUAACAACAACAUUAGAAAAAGAAAGAAAGUAAACGGAGAAACACCAAAUAUUACAAACAAGAUAAUGCCUCCAAAUAAUAACUUUCAACUUUGGUGGCACAAAUCGUGAAUUGAAACAUCACUGUAUGCGUAAAACAAAAAUGUCUUUCCAAACAUGAAACUAAUAAUUUUAUAUAAGUAGCUAAAAUGUUGAUGUAUAACUAAUUAUUGGUUAAUUUGUUGUAUUACUGGUGUUCAAAUAUUGUUCACAUUUUUCUUGUUAUUUUUCAUAUGUUGCUGAAACGUUAAUAAAAAUUGUUCAAGG